GCCGUGACGUCACGCGGCUCCCGGUCACGCGGGUGCCCCGGAAGCGCCAGGAGCGGCGGCGGCGGGAGCGGAGCAGGAGCGGACCGCGCCCAUGUCGGGCUUCGACACCAACCCGUUCGCCGACCCGGUGGACAUCAACCCCUUCCAGGACCCCUCGGUGACACAGCUCACUAACACCAGCCAAAGUGGCUUGGAUGAAUUCAACCCCUUCUCUGAGAGCUCCCAGCUGACAAAUGCGGCGCGGACGACACCGGCGGUGCAGCCCUCGGGCCACUCGCAGCCAGCAGUGCUGCAGACAUCUGUGGAGCCCACACCACAGGCUGUGGCUGCAGCAGCACAGGCAGGGCUGCUCCAGCAGCAGGCAGAGCUAGAGAGGAAAGCAGCUGAGCUGGAGAAGAAGGAAAGGGAACUGCAGAGCCAUGCAGCCAGCAUCGACCCGAGGCAGAACAACUGGCCACCUCUCCCCAAGAGGUGUCCCAUCAAGCCCUGCUUCUACCAGGAUUUUUCUGCAGACAUCCCAGCUGACUACCAGAGGAUAUGCAAGAUGCUGUACUACUUGUGGAUGUUGCAUUCCAUCACCCUGCUCCUAAACCUGCUCGCCUGCCUGGCGUGGUUCACAGUCGAAGGCAGCAGAGGAGUGGACUUUGGUCUCUCCAUUCUGUGGUUAAUUUUAUUCACCCCUUGUGCCUUUCUCUGUUGGUACCGACCAAUUUACAAGGCUUUCAGGUCUGACAGCUCCUUCAGCUUCUUCGUCUUCUUUUUCAUCUUCUUCUGCCAAAUAGCAAUCUACAUCAUCCAGGCUGUUGGAAUUCCUGGCUGGGGAGACAGCGGCUGGAUCGCGGCGCUGUCGGAGGUGCGCAGCCACGUGGCCGUGGGGGUGAUCAUGAUGGUGGUGGCCGCCUUCUUCACGCUCUGCGCCGUCCUCUCCCUCUUCCUCCUCAAGCAGGUGCACUCCCUGUAUCGGCGCACAGGAGCCAGCUUCCAAAGGGCCCAGGAGGAGUUUUCCCAAGGCAUCCUCACCAACAGGAGCUUCCAGAACGCAGCAGCUGGGGUGGCCUCCUCGGCUGCACAGAAUGCUUUCCGGGGAAAUUAACCCUUUUCCCAGGAAAUCCAGCCCAUUCCCAGGAAAUCCAGCCCUUCCUGGGCUGCCUCCCUCUCGCUUCCUCUGCCCUCAUCUCCCCAACCUUCUUUUAUUUUAUUUUUUUUUUUUCUCUAAAAAUGCACUUUUUGGGGGUACCAUGUGAGCUCUGUGAUGCCGACACUCCUGAUGAGGAGAGGGUUUUUUUUCAGCUUCAGCUGAGCUAUGGUUUGGAUGAUUCGUUUUCCCUGUCUUGUUUUAGGGUGUGGGGAGAUGGGGGAAGACAUUCUCUGAGGCAAAUAUUCCUCCCUCCAGGACCUUCUGGGUGUUUGUCUCUUCCUCCCCUCACUCUGUCUGUAGCAGGAAGAUGAGGGGAAGCAGGUUUUUGAUUUUACUCUCUCUCUUCUCUUGGCCUUUGCUACGAAGAAUUUGAUUAUCUGCUGUUUUGGGAGGGUUUUGUAACGUGCAUGUAGUUGAUGUCGUUAAUUUUAAGAACAGAAACUGUACUUUUGGUUUAUUACACUCACAUGACACUGUAUUUUGUCCUCAUAACGGCUGGGGCUUCCUGAGAGCCAGGAUAACGUG